AUGAUUGGAGAGAACUAUCUCACGGUUCACAUGUGGGACAAGGAUUUCAACCCGUAUAAUCAUGAGAUCUUGUCAACUUUGGUGUGGGCUCGGUUACUCGACCUACAUGUCCAUUAUUUUCACCCAGAUGCAAUGACGAAGAUUGCGCAGCGCAUUGGGAAUCUGCUACAGGUGGACCAUGCAAUGAGCACGGGUGCUAUACUGGACUAUGCGCGAGUUUGCGUCCAAGUGGACCUUACGAAGCCGCUCUUGUCACAAUUUAAGAUACAUGGGAUAUUUCAUUCAAUAUGA